CUCUUUUUCCCCUUCGUGCCCGACCUCUUCUCCUGCCCUAGCCGCCGGUUGCUGUCUCCCUCGCCCCAGUAUGCCCUCCGGCGCUCCAGAUCUGUGGAUCUCUCUCGAAUUCGCUCCGUGGAGGCCUCGUCCUUCCCGAUCUCUUUCCAUGGACACCGAGAGAGAAGUACAUGCCAUCAGUAAAGGUCCAAUCAUGGUACGCCAUCAAAAACAGUGUAACACUAUGGGCAUGGUGGAUAAUAAGAAAAAUGUCAAGGUAAAAGAAGAGAAAGAUGAAAAUAUUAACACGAAAGAGAAAAGGAAGCAAAAGAAAGCUGAAGGUGAUAAGAAAACAGAGGAGAAGCAAAAUUCAUCAGAGAGGAAGAUGACUAAGAACAAGGAGGAGAAAGAGAAGAAAAUGAGAGUUGUUGAUAAGAAGGAUGAUGAGGAGAAGGAGAGGGAGGAUCAGAGGAAAAGAAAGGAAAAUGGGAGGAAGGCGAUGUCACAUAAGGAAAGAAAGGAGGAGAAUGGGAAUGAGAAAGAAGAGCAGGGGCAGGAAGGGAAGGAAGGAGAAAUUGAGAAAGAGAAAGAGGAGGAACAAAAGGAGAUAAAUGAGCAGAAGGGGAGGAAGGAGAAUGGUAAAGAGGAACAUGAUUCGAAGGAAAGGGAUGAGGAAGACCAAAAUGACAAACAAAAUUGCCCUCACUUCUUUAGGGCGCUCAUAUCCAAUUCAUUCAUGGAACACGUGACCAUUCCAGCAGGAUUCCACAAAUACUUGGAAGAUUGUACAGGAAUGGUGUCCCUAAGAGGUCCAAGCGGGAAUAAAUGGCCCGUAGAGCUGGCUAAAAUCUCCGGGGAGCUAUGCUUUGCGCGUGGAUGGAAGGAGUUCCUCUCCGACCAUCGCGUUGGGUAUGGCUACCUGCUGGUGUUCCGUUACGACGGGCAGUCACAAUUCUCAGUGACGGUUUUCUUACCAUCGUCCUGUGAGGCUCCGUAUGCAUCUCUCGCACAGCCACAACACAAGGACAUCGACGUGGCCAGAGAGGAAGAGAAAGGGCUCAUAAGCACCAAUGUAGAUGAUACUGUCCCGCAAGAAGACGCUCGCUCUGGCACUAGUGUAGAUGGUACACCACAAAAUGAAGCUUCAGAAGUAGAAGAAGAUGCUUCAGAAGAUGAAGAGGCAGAGGAAGUUGAAGAUGCAUUAUCAGAAACUCCGGAGAAUGAGCAAGACUAUGAACGUCGCAUGUCCAGCAACGAUGCUCUAGAACCAGAGCAACAACAGCAGGACGAUCAACACAAGACCGACGACGGUUUUGUGGUCGGGAAGAGGGCUAGGUUUAGGAAGCUUGAUGAUAUCAUGGCAGAAGUGGACCGAUCCAAGAAGUCUAGGCCGACGGAGGGGAAAAACUCUGAAGCCCCAUCUGGUGAUCCAGCUUCUGGGGGAACAUCAUCAAGCGACAGUUUGGCAGAAUCGGAGCAUCGUCCACCCAUGAAGUCUAAGGCUGAGGAGAUAAGGUCUCCAUCUGGUGAUUCAGCUUCUAAGGCAGCAGCAUCAAGUGACAAUUUGGCAGAGUUGGCCAGUCGUCCAUCAAAGGACUCUAAGGCUGAGGGAAAAAGCUCUACUGCUCCUUUAAUUUUUUAUACCAGGUCUACUGCUUCAGCAUCUAAAAGAGUUCCCCUCAAAAAAGCUUCGAAAGAAACAACAUCAAGUGACAAUUGGGCAGUUCAUACAGGUGUAUUCACACCAGAAUCCAUGUGCACGGACUUAACCACAUGGCACAAAUCUUUUGGUAAAAGGCUUAGUAAGCAGAAUCAAUUCCCAAUGUUCAACAAGAGCAAUGGUGAAAACCAACCUGGCAGAGUUCUCAUCAAGGUUAUGAGAAGGCCGGGAUUAACAUCACAGGGGCGUCCAGUAACUGAAAGGGAGAAGGAAUACGCCAUGGAGAGGGCACAGAGGUUCAAAUCCGAGAGGCCCUUCACCGUCAAGACAAUGAAGCACAACGAUGUUUAUGCGUCGUACUUCAUGAUCAUCCCCGACAAGUUCGUGAAAACAUUUCUCCCCGAAGAGAGUAGGAAGAUGACGUUUUGGGACCCACAGGGGAAGCCGUGGAAGGUGUGGUACGAGUACACCGGCGGCGAGUGUCCCCGCGCGGCUUUCAGCGCUGGGUGGGGUGCGUUGGCCAUGGAGAACAACCUGGAGAAGUGGGACGUGUGCAUCUUCGAGCUCCUGGACCAGGAAUACAACAUCAAGCUUCAUGUCUACAAGGUCGUGUUGGAGAUCACGCCUUGCGUCAUCGCCCCAAAACCACGUACAUGCAAGUGAUAAUUGGCCCCAAAAUGUUUUGCUCCAGUGUCGUUGAUGAUGGAGAAAGACCCGCUCUAUCCCGUCGUUGUUAAACCAUAACAUUAAGAAUUAUACUAUGUUUGUUGCUGAGGCUAAUUACUGGAUUAUAAGGAAACGAUAA